CCGGUAAAAAUAAAAAAUAAAAUCUGCAGAAGAGAAGUGACACCUUCCAGCACAACAUUUUUCAAGUACAUGUAAGCAAGAUCAUUUACUAUUACCAGGAAACUAAACAUCCAAACUAGAACGAUAGAAGAAAUACAUCAUAUAUUAAAUGCUCGAAUAAUCAACGUAAGCUAUGACAACGCUGUCUCCCUUCACACCUCCAAUAGUGAAACGACUUUUGGCUUUGAAAAAAGGGGAACACGAUAGAGACGAUAAAUGGUCAGAAAAAGCUGUCAAAAGUUUAGUUAAAAAGUUAAAGAAAACAGGUGGGUUAGAAGAACUGACUAAGGCACUGUCAACCCAGGACACCAGCACAAACUGUAUUACUAUACCAAGAUCGUUAGAUGGUCGUCUACAAGUAUCUCACCGUAAAGGGUUACCACACGUUAUCUACUGUCGUUUAUGGAGGUGGCCAGACCUGCAGAGUCACCAGGAAUUACGCGCCCAAGAUAGGUGUGAAUAUGCAUUUCAUCUAAAACGAGACGAGGUCUGUGUCAAUCCUUACCAUUAUAUACGAGUGGAACCACCAGUAUUACCACCAGUAUUGGUACCAAGACAUACAGAAAUACCUGAGAAGAUUCCCCAACUUGAUGAUUAUUCUACAACUAUACCUGAAAAUACUGACUUUCCAGCUGGCAUCAAUGAGAACUUCAGUAUACCUGACAGUCCACCUCCUGGCUACAUGAGCGAAGAAGGGGACACUUCAGAUACGCAAGGAAUGGAUGGAAUCGACGUUUCACCAAGUCCUUCUAUUUCUGAUAAUGAUCUACAGCCGGUUACAUACAAGGAACCUGACUUCUGGUGUUCUAUAGCCUAUUAUGAACUAAACACUCGAGUUGGAGAGACUUUCCAUGCUUCACAACCAUCUCUCACAGUGGAUGGCUUUACAGAUCCCUCCAAUUCUGAGAGAUUCUGUCUGGGACUACUGUCUAAUGUCAACAGAACUCAACAAGUAGAAAUGACCAGACGACAUAUAGGUAAAGGAGUUAGAUUGUAUUAUAUUGGUGGAGAAGUGUUUGCAGAGUGUUUGAGUGAAAAUGCUGUUUUUGUCCAGAGUCCCAACUGCAAUCAAAGAUAUGGAUGGCAUCCUGCUACAGUGUGUAAGAUACCUCCAGGAUGUAAUUUGAAGAUAUUUAACAACCAGGAAUUUGCUGCCUUGUUGGCUCAAUCAGUAAAUCAAGGUUUUGAGUCAGUUUAUCAGUUAACUCGUAUGUGUACUAUUAGAAUGAGUUUUGUGAAAGGAUGGGGAGCCGAGUACAGACGCCAGACAGUAACUAGUACGCCAUGUUGGAUUGAGAUUCAUUUAAACGGACCGUUACAGUGGUUGGAUCGUGUUUUAACUCAAAUGGGUUCCCCUGGUUUACCAUGUUCGAGCAUGUCUUAAAUUAUCGGAGUGGAUGACAAAAAAAAACAAACAUCAACAUCUUUCAGAUUUGUUGCUAAAGAAAACUGCAGGCUGUAUAGAUAACUUGUGACCUCAACUUUUUUCAUAUUUAAAUAAACAGUUCUCGUUCUGAUCGAUGUCAUUAUUCUUUUCCUUGGUUUAAUUUGAAUGGUUAUGAUGCACGAUCUGUCUUAACGUGUUAAUAUACUUUUUAUAUAACCAGCUUAUAUGUUCUGCUUAUAUAUACUCUGGUUUUAUCUUAUAUAAUGUGAAAACUACAAACAGAAUGAAGAAAUAUGUUAUUACAGUAGUAUAACAGACGUUUUACUAAUCAACAUUUAAAAAAUGGUUUCUAACUAUGUGCGGAAGUCGUUAUGUGAACUUCUAUAUCUUGAAGAAUAGUUUCUACAUUUUUGGUGUUAAAAUUUUCAAAUAUCAAGGGAGUGAAGAAAGAAGAUAUCUUGUUGAAAGAAUUCAAGAGAAAUCAAGACUGGGGGAAUAUUAUCCAUGCUUUCUUCUAUUUGAUUAUUUUUAAUGAUUUCAUUUUUGACCUAACACAGUGCUAUAAUUGUUGUGAAAAUGUAGUUUUAACAUUUUAGAUUUUAGAAAGUGUAGUAUAUAGUUAGCACUAGGAUUGGUUUCAUUGUUGCUUGCUGGUAAUGGAAAUUUCUUUCUAAGCAUGUAUUAUUUUAGCAUAGUUGCUAGUAAUAUAUCUUCUUUUUCUACUUCACUCUCAAAUUAAUGCAUGCUUAGAUUGUAAAAUUUGCAUAUGUAUAUCAUUCAUUGAUGUUAAUUUUCAUAUAGAAAUAACAAAGUCUGUCCAGUGACUGUUCACUUUUGCUUUGUCCUGAUUAUGAAAGUCUGUGGACUUAAUAUUUCUAUUAGGCAUAAAUUAAUGAUGUCUGUUGCAAGCAUCUUUAAAAAUCAAGAUUUUAGUAUACAUUUUAUAUGAAUCUAGAUAAAUUAUACAUUUAAAAAUCAAGCUUUUAGUAUGCAUUUUAUACAAAUCUUGGGAAAUGAUACAGUUAAAAAAAAAAGGAUCAUUUUACUGUUGAUAUUAUAUAGUUAAUUAACAUUGUUACUUGUAUUUUACCUACAUAAAUAUUAUCUUAAUGAAAUAACCAACAAUAAUUUUAUAUGGAACCUUAAUUAUUGCUCAUAAAAUCAUCCACAUAAAGAUUAAGCCCUGUUUGUUGUUCUGUUCAAUAAUAUAGAACAUUUGGAGCUCGAGAAAAUAUUCUUAUGCCAUGAUGAUACAGGACCGCAGUUUGGUUAUAAUUCAAUGAAAAAUAUAUCCAAAUUAGGAAGGAAAUAAUAUUCUCAGAAACAUCAAUAAGUCUUGAGUAAUAUUGAUUUAAUUUGUUGAUCUCUGUGGGUUACUGGUCCGAGGAAUCAAUUACAAGACUAAAAAAAAAAAAAAAAUUGUUUUGACAAAACAAAGAAAUAAGAGUAGUGUACGAUUGCUGGUUUGCAGUUACCUAGAAAUUUUAUUAUUUAAUGUUGAAAUUUGACUAAAAUAGGUUUUAUGGCUCAAAUUUGACUAAAAUUAGGUUAUAUGGUUCAGUACAUUUUUAGAUUAAAAAGAAAUCUGAAUCAUGGUCUCACGAAAACAAUUUGUAAGAAUUCUCUGGGGGAUAGUUGAAUAAUAAUAGAAUUCAAGAGAAAUGUUCAUUGUUUUAGAGAUUUUAAGCUUUCCUAUUAUAGAAUUAGAAUUUACAUAAUGUACUGUCUUAUAUUGUAUAACUUGUAUUAUUAAGGCACACAUAGCAUUUUAUAUUGACUGAGAUUCCGGUGUUUCUCAUCAAUAAGCCAAAGAUAGCCACUUAAUUCUAGCAUGACACACAAAAUCUUGUGUAAACAAAGUCAAGCCAAGAAUAUCAUAUAAAUUCAGCAAAAAAACCUUAAUAUUGUUGAUGUCUGUUUGAAUUAUAUUUUUAAAAGAAUGGUUGUAGAAAAAUAAUGCUCUGUGUGCCUCUUUUUGUUUCAUGUUUUGCUUAUUGUUAUUAGAAUUCAUGGAAAUGUUCUUGUUUUAUCAUAGUUAAUACAUACACAUAUGAAAUAUCAGCCUUGUAGAAUAGUAGGAAUAUAUUUAAACUACAAUCACUGGCUUCACUUGUUGUCAUAUUUUUAAUGGAUUGAUAUUGCUUUACCGGUGAUGUAUAGGGGUUGUAAUAAUAAUGUGUGAAAGGGAGAUUUUUAUACUGUAUGUGUUUGAAGAGAGAAAGAUAUUGAAUUGGUACUAAUGUAUCCUGUAUAAACACGUAUUAUAUAUAUAUAUAUAUAUAUAUAUAUAUAUAUAUAUAUAUAUGUAAAAUGUACAUACAUUUACUAUAUAUGCUUGUCUUAUCUAUAUAUUAAUGUUUACUUUGCUAGACUGUACUUGCUUGGAGCUUUUUUUUUUUAUUACAGGAAUAGAAAUAACAUUUUACACAUAUUGCUUGUUUUAAUGUUCAUUAUUAUUUAUAGCAAAACUAGGCAAGGGAUUUAACACUCUCAUUGAAAUUGAUGUGAGGAACGAAAGUAAUUUUUAUUGGAUGUACAUGUAAGAUGUUGGAUAUUAAUAAUAAUGUUCAUUUAAGUAGCCUUAUGUCAUCAGUUAUUGAUCUAAAUUCUUCAGCUAUCUCUGGAAUUUUCCAAGCUGAGAUUAUUUGUACUCUAGUCACCUCUGGCAUUUUUUUCCAAUAACCAAUUUCUUUCCAGUAAAUGUCAAAAUCCUCCUCCAGCUAACUAAAACAAUAAACAGAAAGUCUGGGUAUUUCACUAGUUCUACUAUACAUGUAUUUCAGUGAUGAAAAAAGUUUAUAUCAAUAUAAUUUGCUGAGUUUCUCGUACUUUUUGCCUCUCAAAACAUUGAAGUGAUGUUCAUCAAAGAAAAGAUUUUUUAUCAUAAUUUUCAGCUAGUUAAUUAGUUUAAAAUGUAAUUUCUUUAAAUAAAACCCUAUACUACACAUAGAAAUAUUAUUUUUGACAUGACUGCUUUCAGUAUUUCGAAUAUAGUUCAUUUUAUUUUACAAGCAAAAAAUUUUAUUAACAUAGGUUACAUUUAUACUUCAAAAAAGGACAUUUAUACUUCAAAAAAGGACAAAGUUCAUUAAAUUUAUGUCUUUCUAUCAUAGACUUAAUUAUCAAAAAUCGAAGCACAGAAGAUCAGUACAUAAUAGGUGGUAAUCUUUCUAAACAUGUCAGCCCCAAAAAAGUUGGAUAAUUUUGGCCAAAUUUUAAGUUUCUUUACGGGAUCAGGUAUGUUAAUAAGAAAUUUGUAUUGAUUAUCAUGUAAAAUAAAGUAGAAAAGUAUGUCAGAACUUGCAGGUUUUUACACAAAUAAUUAGUUUAUUUUCCUUACCCUAUCCAAAAAGGGAAAAAAAGCUCAAUAGCAUCUUAAUUUAGCAUUUAUGUUUUGCUUUUAUCAUAUUUGGUGGUAUAAGAGUCUUAGUGAAAAUAAAAUAAGAUUGUGUAAAAUAAA